CCGCCCCUCCCCGCGGCGGGCCCGGGAUGCGCGGGGGUCGGCGGCGAGAGGGCAGCGGCGGCGCCCGGCGGCAGAUCAGAAUGGUCUUGGCUCAGACCUUUGCCAUCUCCCUACUGAUGUAAGCACUGAAAAUUGCAUCUCCCAGGUAGGCAGGUCCUUGCUGCCCCACAAAGCCACCCUGGCGACCAGCCCCACCUUGACCUGCCGCUCAACUCUGCGUUCCUGUUCAUGGCAAUGCCCCAGAAUUCAACCGGUGAAAAUGGCUUUUGUUUCACUCAGACGCUCAACUUCUCCCACCCGCCUCCUCCUCCCGGCGAGGCUGGCCGGACCUUUGACACCCCGAGCGAGCAGGAGCCAUGCAGCACCCUGCUGAGCAAUGGCACAGCAUUUUCCAGCACACCCAGCCCCUCUGACUCGUGCGCCGAACCCCUCUGCUCCACCACCCCAGGAGAAGAGGAGACCCAACUCAACGAAGGGAUUAAAUUCGUGUCAACUGAAGGGGAGGAGCUGGCAUGCGGCUGGGGUGCGUUCACCCCCGGGUGCUUACAGCUUUUUAACACAUCCAAGGGCGUCUUGUUCUUCCUCUGCGUGGCCUCCUUCCUGCAAGGCAUGACGGUGAACGGCUUCAUCAACACAGUCAUCACCUCCAUCGAGCGGCGCUUUGACCUCCACAGCUACCAGAGCGGGCUGAUCGCCAGCUCCUAUGACAUCGCGGCGUGCGUCUGCUUGACCUUUGUCAGCUAUUUUGGGGGGAACGGCCACAAACCGCGAUGGCUGGGUUGGGGUGUACUGGUCAUGGGCUUGGGCUCCCUGCUGUUUGCCUUGCCCCACUUCACCACAGGACGGUACGAGGCGCGUUCAGCGGCAGAGGUGGGCAUCUGUGGGGGAAACCAGAGCCUGCCCUGUGCCCAUGCUGCCUCCAGCCUCUCCAGCUACAGGUUUGUCUUCAUGCUGGGGCAGUUCCUGCACGGGAUGGGAGCCACGCCGCUCUACACGCUUGGUGUCACCUAUUUAGAUGAAAACGUCAAGACUAACUACUCCCCUGUGUACAUUGCUGUUUUCUACACUGCUGCAAUCCUUGGGCCUGCAGCGGGUUAUCUGGUAGGAGGAAUGUUUCUAAAUAUUUAUACUGAAAUUGGCAGAGAGAUCGACAUAGCCCCGGAGAACACGCUGUGGGUGGGGGCAUGGUGGAUCGGCUUCCUUGGGGCUGGAGCAGCCUCCCUCCUCAUCUCCAUCCCCAUCCUGGGGUACCCCCAGCGCCUCCCAGGAUCCCAGCGGUAUAUCGUUAUGAGGGUGUCAGAGGCUCAUCAGCUAAAGGAUGGGAGCCACAAAAAAGCAUCGGAUCCAGACUUCGGGAAAACUGUUAAAGAUCUGCCUCGAUCAGUACUGCUGCUUCUGAAGAACCCCACCUUCAUCUUCCUCUGCUUAGCGGGAGCGACUGAAGCCACCCUCAUUGCUGGGAUGUCCACAUUUGGACCCAAGUUUCUGGAGUCUCAGUUUAGUUUAAGUGCCUCUGAAGCUGCUACCUUUUUUGGUUAUCUGGUUGUGCCAGCUGGAGGGGGAGGCACGUUCCUGGGAGGAUUCCUCGUGAAUAAAUUUAAACUCCGCUGUUCAGGAAUCAUCAAAUUGUGUUUACUUUGCACAGUGUCGAGUCUGCUGGCUAUAUUCAUUUUUUUUAUUCACUGCCCUAACAUGCCGAUGGCAGGAGUGACCCAGAUGUACGAGGGAAGUGCUUUGCCUGGUGGCCAUCUAAACCUGACAGCAGCCUGCAACACCAGGUGUGGCUGUCUGCAGGAGAUCUACAGCCCCGUCUGUGGGAGCGAUGACAUUAUGUAUUACUCUCCCUGCCACGCUGGCUGCAAAGAAGUGUCCGAAAACCUCAGGAAUGGCAAGAAGGUCUAUCACGAGUGUAGCUGUGUUAAGAAAACCCUCCUGCCUGGCCCUGGUGAUGCAGAGGCAGGGAAAUGCACCUCCUCUUGUGCGAAAAAGCCGCUGCUCCUGUUCUUCAUGUUCGUGGUGAUCCUCUUCACCUUCCUGAGCAGUAUUCCUGCUCUGACUGCCACUUUGCGGUGUGUGCCUGACAGGCAAAGGUCAUUCGCACUUGGGAUCCAGUGGAUUGUAGUACGAACACUAGGAGGCAUCCCUGGCCCCAUCGCCUUUGGGUCUAUGAUCGAUAAAUCCUGCCUGCUCUGGCAGGACCAGUGCGGCGAGCAAGGCUCUUGCUACAUUUACCAGAACUCAGCCAUGAGCCGAUACACCCUCAUCGCUGGACUGGUCUACAAGGUGCUUGGGACGACCUUCUUUAUAGUCGCCUGUUUACUCUACAAACCCCCGCCACCAGAGUCGGCUCCAGGCAGCUCAGGUGCAUCCGAAAACGGCAACUGUGACCUCCAGGAACACAAGCCUUCGCUGCCGGCUGAAGAGGAUAUAUAGUGCUGUACGCGUGGAAGUGACUUUCUCAAUCUCAAGAAUAUGAUGAGAAGACAUUAUGCAGUCCCUAGGGGGUUUUAAAUUAAUAGUAACGUUAUCACUUUUUUAGUUCAAGAGAAAUAAUUUAAUUAACCGCUGGUGUGCUUGCUAUUUUCUUAACAGCAGAAGCACAUUUAAAAAUGUUCUCUGACGCCAUAUGCAGUUAUUUAAUUUUAUUUAAAGAAAGGGCUACCAUAGCUUUUUUUUAUGUCUGUGACAAGCAAGGACCACAUUCUCCAGUCGUGGAUAUAAGCACCAGUAACUCCAAUGGAGCAUGUGGGGUUUAAACCACCGGAGGAUCUGGUCCCUAAUAUCUGAAUUAUAAAGCCAACUGUAGCAAAACUUCUGUUGAGAGUUCCUAAGCCUGAAAAGAGCCCCGCUGUCCUGCAGUCUGUGUUGCAAAGAUGACAACUGGCCCUUAAACUACUGUGUUGAAAGCAGGUGGCCCCAGCAGUGUCCUCCUCCUUCCUGUGACCCACAGCAUCACUCCUUUUGUUCAGGAGCAGGUUAUCUAAUUAUGGAAAUUCAUAUUACUGUGCAAUGGGAGAUAGGGUUGAGAGAUUUGUCUAGCAAAUUCAUCAGUACACUAGAGGCAGCCUUUCCCGAGAGCUGCCGAGCACUGUACAUUCACUGCCUCAUUUCGUUGCAGGGUUUACACCGUGGUGACACUUCUUUUUUUUUUUUUUUCUUGUGCUGUUUAAGGGUGAUGCCUUUUGUAAUGUCCUGUGCAAAACUUGAACUUACUUUCUGCUAUUUCUUGGGUGCAGAAAGACAUGACAGAGAUCUAUGCAAUGCUUCACUUCAGUUGUUCUGUAAAUACAUUGUGUUUGGGUAGAUGAGAAAGGUCAGAAUGAAUUUAAUUUGUCUCUAGACUGCUAGCUUAAGGGAUAGCUUGCCCUAAUGGCAGGCUGCCUCGUGCAGACGGGAUGCUGACUUGUAACUGGGCUGCUUGCAAGUAGAGAGCAGCGUUUCCCAAAUGACCUUUGAAUGUGCACGUGCAAUAUUGACCAGGACCUUUCUGAGGGGGAUAUGUGGAAUUUGGAUGGGCGUAUGUCUGGCUUUCCUCUCAACCCAGACUAGGCGAGGUUAGUGCUUAGUCUGCCUGUAUUUGCACAGCCGCACAAUCCAGGUACAGCUCCAGGGGAGGGCUGUGGCCGGCCCCUGGAGUCCUACACUGUAUAAACUCUGUUCUUGGGGACGGCUACCUGCUGAGCUGCAAAACUGGCGCUCCUGUUGUGCCAGCUGCUACUUAGAAUGACUUCCUUUUUUGUAUAUUUUAUGUAUGCUUUCAUAAAUGGACGCAUGAUGGGCGUUUCUUCCCUUUGUUAGCAAAGGACCAACUCUCAGAGUGGGGGUGAAGCUGUUACUGUUCUGGACAGGGAUGGUGGCACUGGGAGCAAAGUCGAUGUUCAGGUCAAUGGCAGUCAAGAAAGCAGCUUCUUCUAUUCACAGAUCCCUUUCCACCAAAGCCACGUAGUGACCUUCCUGCUCCCAAAGCCCUUGUUUCACAGCCUCUGUCAAGCACUGGGAGAGACUUUUGAGCAUCUCCCAUAACUGCUGGAAAAACUAGAAAUGCUAAGGGUGAGAUGGAGGGUGGCUUUUGGCUGCUUGAACACGGGCAGCUGGUGCAGCUUGGAUGGGGCACAGCAUGCAGGAGAGCCCUGUUUUUCCAGGGAGGCAGGAUUAGACCCAUGGAUGCAGGUGUUAACCUCGACACCACCCAAACACCAAAGGCUUCUUCACAACCUCCACCUGUGUUUGGAGCCACCUGCAAACACAAGCCUGUCUCCAGGCCUUGCCCAGCAAUUGCCCUUCCCAGCUCACAGACACUUUGGGUACAGGUAGGGAUCUUAGAUGGGGGAAAUGCAUGAAUGUAUUUUGGGAACAUAUUUUAUAUAUGAUGUAUUUAUGAAAGGUAGAAGCUUUUCUUUGUGUGUGUAUAUAUAUAUAUGGAUAUUGCAAUGCAAUUCUAGUGUUUAUAAAAUGAGCUUUACCCAAGUGUGGUGUUUCCAGAGCAAAAGAGAAAAGCUCAUGGGAUUCUGGGCAUUUAUUAUGUUGCUGUGGGACUGGUAAGUCACGGAUUUAAGUCAGCAUCAACAAAGCGUUCCUGUUCCAUAAACAGGUUAGGUAGGUGUACAGGUAACUUUAAAUAUUUGAAAGUAUGUUCUCCAGUCUCAUACAAAGUAUGAUAUUACUAUAAAAGCAUAGAAAUGUAAUCGCUUUUUCACAGGUACUUGUGUGCCUGUUUUUCAUCAGUCGUCACCCUUUCCCAACUGCUGUUCUCGGCAGAGGUGAGCUGGAUCCACGCUGCCUGGGAGGCACGUGCCGCAGAGCCUCCUGCUAACGGGGUCAGGGCCACCCCAUGGGGGUCCAGGCUUCACUGCAGGUCAUCGUGGUGUCUCCAAGGAGGAGACUUUGGAUUUAGGUUUGUGCUUAAAUCACAGAGUUAAUUAGCCCCUUGCAGAUACAGGAGCUGCAGGCAGCAUCGUCUGACUGGUGGGACAGCAGGUGACAUUGAGACCCUGUGGGUUGCUGUCUCCUACUGACUUACCCUCUCCUCCUGAGACAGAGGAUAAUUGCUUUUGAAGGCUAAAUGAGGUUUUUUUUAUUGCUGGGGAAAAACAAAGAGGGCAAGAUAAUACCUUCAUUGCCCUCCUUCAUCCACAGACCAACCCUGUUAAAGCUAUGGAGUUUCUCCCAGACCUACAAUACGUAAAAGAGCUGAAAGUCCUGUGUCACCUGGGGUUUGCUUAAGGGGUGAUUCAUGCUGUUAAAGAAUACAAACAAGCAGUGGUUUGUAUUAAGGAAAAGCCACAGGGAAGUAAAACAAAUGAGCACCCAGAAGGGAGCCCGAGGAGGAAGAAAGGAACAGUAUUUAUUGUAUACAAAACCCCAGGCAGUCAAUGAGCCAUUUUUCUUUAGUGAACAGUUUGUUUAGAAGCUUCCUGGAGGUUUUAAAAUGACAGCUAAUAAAAGCUUUGAGUGUGAUACACGGGUGGUUUUGCAGCGCUUCCUACCCAUUUCCUGCUGCCAUGGCCUCGCUUCGA